CAACUCCAUCCAUGGCAAGCUCAUCGAUGCCAUCCUAUUACGACGCCCUUGGCGUGUCGCCGACGUGCUCCACAGAACAGCUCAAGCGAGCGUAUCAUGCAGCUGCAUUGAAGAACCACCCAGACAAGGCAAUAACACUUGGAAAAACAGCAGACACCGAAGACUUCCAGAGCGCUCACGACGCCUACCAAGUCCUGCGCGAUGUCGAGUCCAGGAGGCGAUACGAUCAAACACUAGCAGAGGCGAAACUUCGGUCGGAAUUGCGCAUCUCGGACGACGUGUUGUUGGAAGCGUUCACAUUAGAGGACGAAAUCUAUACGUUUGGAUGCCGAUGCGGCGAGUAUUAUGUGCUGACGGAGGAUGAAGUCGAGGACCUGGUGGACAUCGUGCCCUGCGACGGCUGCUCGUUGGUCAUUCGCGUCGAGUACCCCAGAACACAAGUCGAUGCAAUUUGAGAUAUAUUCGACACCCGUCGUCGUUGUAGCAAUGUCCAAAUACAAAGCAACUAACUACUCGACCAAUUUAGUACUCCUUUCCUUUGGGAGGAGC